CACAGGCUGGGGCGCCGCCUGCGUGCGAGGGCGCCCGCUCCUGCGCAGAGAAAGGGCCCAGCGGGCGCAGCACAGGCCGAGCGGCGAGAGGGGCACUCCUCGCCGCGCCCGCUUCCUGGCCCUGGGAUGCCACUUCCCUCCGGCGGACACGCGGAGCAGCGAGAGAUGGCCCCGAGCCUGUGGCUCUUCCUCGUGGUCGCUGGAUCGCUGACGGCAGGCCUCUCAGGUCACCCGUCGCCAGCCCCAUCCGGCCAGACCAGCCCCAGCCCCAGCCAUGCCGCAAGCCAGCCCGCGGAGCCAGGGCAGCGGCUGGAGGUCCGCCUGGUGAACGGCAGCGACCGCUGCAGCGGGACCGUGGAGGUGCGGGCAGGAGGGUCCUGGGAGCUCCCAUGCGGGGCGCCCUGGGACCACAGCGCCUCCGAGGCCUUGUGCCGUGCGCUGGGCUGCGGCGGGGCCGAGUGGGGGCCGGACCAGCCCACCCCGCUGCCGCUGGACCGUGCCCCGGGGAACGCCAGCGGGACCCCGAACGCCACGUGGGCCCUGGCGCCCAUCGUCCUGUGCAGCAGCAGCGAGUGGCAGCUCUGCAGGGUGGAGCAGCACCCGUGCGACCCCGACGGGCAGCCGGCCCAGGUCACCUGUGCAGAGAACCGCGACCUGCGGCUGGUGGAUGGCGGCAGCCCCUGUGCUGGCCGCGUGGAGAUGCUGGAGCACGGCCAGUGGGGGUCUCUGUGCGAUGACACGUGGGACCUGGAGGACGCCCACGUGGUGUGCAGGCAGCUGAGCUGCGGCACGGCCAUCCAGGCCCUGCCGGGCUUGCACUUUGCCCCCGGCCGAGGACCCAUCCACCGGGACCAGGUGAACUGCUCGGGGACCGAGGCCUACCUGUGGGACUGCCCGGGGCGGCCUGGAGAGCGCUACUGUGGCCACAAGGAGGACGCUGGCGUGGUGUGCUCAGAGCACCAGACCUUGCACCUGACGGGGGGCACCGACCGCUGCGAGGGGCAGGUGGAGGUGCACUUCCGCGGGGCCUGGAACACGGUGUGCGACAGCGAGUGGUACACAUCGGAGGCCCAGGUGCUCUGCCGGGCCUUGGGCUGUGGCACCGUGGCCGGAAUUCCCAGGGGGCUGCCCCACUCCCUGCCCGGCCGGAUGUACUACUCGUGCCAGGGAGACGAGCCCACCCUCUCGGACUGUUCCUGGCGGUUCAACAACUCCAACCUGUGCAGCCAGUCGAAGGCAGCCAGGGUCCUCUGCUCAGGUUCCCGGAAGCUGCUCAAUCAGUCCACGUCUGACCUUCUUACCAGCGCACAGCCGGCCACCAUAGGGCCGUCACUGACUGUGCCAGCGGAGGACUGGACGCCUUGGGAGCUGAUGCUCCUCAUCCUCUGCUUCGUCCUGGGGACCCUCCUGCUGGGCGCGCUCAUCAGCAUCCUGGUCCUCCUCUUGAGAGUGAAAGGGAAAUACGCCCUCCCUGCUGCGGCGACGCACCAACACCGGCCCGUCGCCCCAGCCGGGGUCAAUAGCUACCAGGAGGUCCCCAGCACCGUCCCCAAGGAGGAAGAUUCCCAGCGAUACCGGGUCACGGAGGAGCAGGCCCAGCAGAACCGGUUCCGGAUGCCUGCCCUGGAGGAAGACCCCCCCAGCCUGGGCCCCCAGCAGCGCCCCCGGAGCAGCAGCGGGUCCAGCACGUCGUCCGGGGAGGGCUACUGCAACAGCCCCCGCAGCAGGCUCCCGCCGUGGGGUCCCCUCCCGGAGCAGCCGCCGCGCCUGGAGCUGGCUGGCUCCCAGGGAACCUUCUCAGGGCCCUCGGCUGAUGACAGCUCCAGCACCUCCUCCGGGGAGUGGUACCAGAACUUCCAGCCGCCGCCGCUGCCCCCGCCCCCUCCCGAGGAGCCGUUUGGGUGUCCAGGGUCCCCCAGCCCCCAGCCCGCUUCCACCGACAACGAGGACUACGAUGACAUCGGGGCAGCUUAGCCGGCCCGCGAGGCCCCAGGGGCUCUGCCUGCGCCCUGUCCGCCCUGUCCUCCCGGACCUGACCGUGCUCCU